AAACAGGUUAUGCGUCUCAUUCUGCACGACAUCACACAUUUGUGCGCACAAAGUAUUUUGGACUAUGGCUUCCACCACCUCCGGUGAUGUUCUGCCCACAGGUGGCAGGAUCUUCACUUCCAUUCCUGACCUGUUCUUCAUCCCCGAGUUUGUGUUUGGAGGUUUGGUGUGGAUCUUGGUGGCAUCGACUUACGUCUCGCCGGACAAUCCUCAGGGCUGGGUGAUGUUCGUGUCCGUCUUCUGCUUCGUCAUGACAACGCUGUGGUUCUUCAUCUUCCUCUGUGGAGCAAAUCAGAGCAGCAUCUGGCCCGCCCUGGAUACAGGUUAUCAUUUUGUGGCUGCGGUCUUCUACCUCGGCGCUUCGGUGGCUUUGGCGAUUGUCACCAUUGGGAAAGCGGCGCUCACGAUUUUACCACCUGUGGAUGAAAAUCUUAAAUUCUACCGGCUGGAUAUCGCUGCAGUGGUGAUGUCUUACGUGGCCACACUCCUCUACUUCCUCCACGCCAUUUUCUCUGCCAUCCGAUGGAAGAGAUCCUAAAACGACACGCCAGCCUGACCGAGAAGGAACCGAGUAACCAGCUGAGGAGUCACUGGACCAAACACUUUUUUUAUUUUGAUGUGCAAUGAUAAAAAAAACAUGUUUUUUUUUUUACUAGUGUGGUAGAAUAUCAAAUAAAUGAAUGGAAAUCGAGCAGGUUGCUGAUGUUCCUUGGUCUGGUCAGCGGUGCAGAAGUUGACAAGUUGCAACAAUUUACUCUCAUCUUAAUCAUAUAAAUGCUCGAAUGAUCACGAAUGUCAAAGAUGAUAAAUGUAAAACUAACAGUUAAAUAGUCAAUGACCCCAAAACGUUUCACAUUUUUAUAUCAACAUACUGUCAUAAUUAUUUCAUGUAAAUGAAAGGGACAUUCCUUUAAUACUGCGUCUACACUAAUGUGGAUAUUUGCAUGUGAAACGGAGCAAUUGGGAAUCGACUGAGGACAGAGUGGUUGCUCCACCUUCAUCAUCUGUUCCCGUGCCAGAAAGGUCUUGCAGUGGUGUAGAAUAGGCAUACGUGGGUUUUGACGAAAACAAAAAAGCAGAAACAUCUGAAGACUUCCCACGUGUGUCCUCCAUGUUAACGCUGAACCAAAACCAAAAGUACAAUAACAAUAAUAACAAUUCCCCCCACUUUGACCGUGUCUUUUUUAAUGAUUGUUAUUUUCAGUUUUUUUCAUGUCGCAUAUGGAAGUAUGUUUCCACAUGACUCGCUGUUUUUUUAUUUGCAUUUUCAUGAGAAACCUCCCGAAGAUUUCAGCAUGUAAAUAUUUUCCAUGAUUUCACUUUCAUACAGUGACAGAAUUAGGAUUGUGGUUUUACUGUUCAGCUAAGUGAAGAUGCUCGACACGUUCACACGUAUACGUUCAGUCGAAAACAGAUAUGAGCAUGACUUUUCUAUACCAUAUACCUGUUGCUUAUUAUUAGUCUGUUAAAAGGUGUUAGUUUGGCUCUUUAUUCUUUAAAAAACAACAACAACAAUCCAAUCCCUUGUAAUAAACCCACUUUUUCUAUGAUACUUGUACAUAUAAGGCUACUGGAAUCUGUCCAGUCACGCAAGUGUACCUUCAUUUUAUAUUAUGUAUUAUCCUAUUAUCUGGAAGUGAAAAGUCAUACAGUGGUUUUGCAAUAAACUUCAGAAGCAUGGGAACAUAUAAAA